UGGGCGGGGCGCGGCGGCGCCCAGUGCGACAAGAUGGCGGCUGCGGGGCUGGCUCCGCGGCGCGUGGGCUUCGUGGGCGCCGGUAGCAUGGCGGGGGCCAUCGCGCAGGGCCUCAUUAGAGCAGGAAAAGUGGAAGCUCAGCACAUACUGGCCAGUGCACCGACAGACAGGAACCUAUGUCACUUCCAAGCUCUGGGUUGCCGGACCACCCACUCCAACCAGGAGGUGCUGCAGAGCUGUCUGCUCGUCAUCUUUGCCACCAAGCCCCACGUCCUGCCGGCUGUGCUGGCCGAGGUGGCUCCCGUGGUCACCGCUGAACACAUCUUAGUGUCUGUGGCUGCUGGGGUCUCUCUGAGCACCCUGGAGGAGCUGCUGCCCCCACACACACGGGUACUGCGUGUCUUGCCCAACCUGCCCUGCAUGGUCCAGGAAGGGGCCAUCGUGAUGACGCGGGGCCGUCACGUGGGCAGCAGCGAGACCAAGCUCCUGCAGCAUCUGCUGGAGGCCUGUGGGCGGUGUGAGGAGGUGCCUGAAGCCUACGUCGACAUCCACACUGGCCUCGGUGGCAGUGGCGUGGCCUUCGUGUGCACAUUCUCCGAGGCGCUGGCCGAGGGCGCCGUCAAGAUGGGCAUGCCCAGUGGCCUGGCCCACCGCAUCGCUGCCCAGACCCUGCUGGGGACAGCCAAGAUGCUGCUGCACGAGGGCCGGCACCCAGCCCAGCUGCGCUCUGACGUGUGCACCCCGGGCGGCACCACCAUCUACGGGCUCCACGCCCUGGAGCAAGGCGGGCUGCGAGCGGCCACCAUGAGCGCUGUGGAGGCUGCCACCUGCCGGGCCAAGGAGCUCAGCAGGAAGUAGGCUGGGCUCUGGCCAUCCUUGCCCGCCUUCCUGCCCCCAUUUCUCCCUGUGCCCCUUCUCCUGAGGACUACGACUGUCCCUCCUGCAGGAGGGUCUCCAACCACUCCUCCCCCUGCACAGGGAAGUGCACGGGGCAGGACUUGAGAGGUUCCAGUAGGUGGGGGAGCCCCCACCUGUGGGGACACUCCUCCCUCCCCCAUGGGCAGAAGGUGCUGUGGUAGUGGCCCUGCCCCCUGCUGCAGUGAGCCUGCCUUGCUGUAAUGUUGGUUCUGAGGGGUCCAAGAGAUGGCGUCUUGGUCAGGUGCCCACAUGGUUGGGCUGUUGGUCAAGGCCAGGAACAGAACUUACAGUAACAGGCACGGCUGGCCCAAUGCCUGGUCAGGAGCCGGGGCCUGCCUUUGGCUUUCCAGGUGGCUCCGUGCAGCUGCAGCUAGGCCAGCUGUCUCAUCUCCGCUCUAGGAGGCACAAGCCAUACGGGGUGUGUAUAAAAGACCCUCUCCCCCACAGUAAAGCCAGGGGCCCUGGCUGGGGUUUUGGGGCCUUUGGGUCAGGAGGGCCUGGGCCAGAUGGCCUCAGCUUCGUCCUGUGCCCCACAAGAUUCACCCUGGCCUCUAGUUCCACACUGGCCCAUGAGUGCAGCAGCUCUCAGCUUCCACCCAGCAAGCUCUGGAGGCGAGGCGGGGAGCACGCCCUCAGCAAGGCUGGGCAGCAGGUUCCACCGUGCCCUCACCCUGUGUGCCUGGGCAGAUCCAUCUCCUAGUGCAAAAUAGGGCUGGGUGCACCUGCACGCUCCGUCCCUCAGGUUCAGCUGCCUCUGGCCGCGGACUUCUGCCCUCCGCCUGCUCUCUCUCACUCCCCUGAGCCUAGCCCAUCUCCAAGCUCCCACCCCUGCCUGCUUCCCAGGGCAGGCUGACUCAGGUGACUGGUCUAAGCCUGGCCCUGGCACUUGUGAGGGUCAGCCUAAGGAGACGGGAAUAAAGAUGCCAGAGAGCACCAAGUGAGCUCGUGUUUCACCAGAGGUGGAUAAAACUAGGUUCCUGGCCGCACGUGGUGGCUCAUGCCUAUAAUCCCAGUACUUUGGAAGGCCAAGGAGGGCAGAUCACAAGGUCCAGAGUUCAAGACUAGCCUGGCCAACACAGUUAAACCUGGUCUAUACUAAAAAUACAAAAAUGGCUGG